UGUCAGUCUCGAUUUCCAAGCAUGAUUGCAGUGUCAGAGCGCCGGACGUUGGUGGCGGCGGUUCCUUGUGAAAUUUCAAAGUGGAAAACCUUGGACGCGCACUUUCUUCCUGAAAUUCUUCCCUAUUUCUUUCUGUGGUAAAAUAAAUAGACUGCCAGGUCACUUGUCUCCCUCCUCCAUUACUGCUCCCAAUUUUGGAAAAACAGAACUUGAAUGGUAUGAAAUGGACGGGAAUAAAAUCAUAAACUAUCUGGAUUUUAUAAUAUUGAUGGUUCAUAAUUGAUGAUGGGUUUUCUUCACUCAACGGCCUCUAAUUCUUUGAUUUCGUUACGUGCAUUCAUUUUCCCUUUGCCUCAUUGUAACAAAACACCUUCUUAUCCUCUUCCUUACGCUGUAAUGCCCCUCUUAUCUAUCACCCCAUCUCCUCGGUUCCUCGCAUUCUCCGCCGGGCGCCGCCGGGAAUCUACUCCUACCCCCCGCCUUCUUCCUCCAUUCCGAUGGAAGCGUUCCCUCAGUCCGGCACGGUCAGUACGUGUCGGGUUUCUGGGUUCUGCUACGGAACCAGCUGUGGUUAGGUUUAUUGCGCAUGGUCUCAGCGCCGGUGCGGUGGAUCUGCUUCAUGAUGCCGGAGCUACGGCGGCGAUUCUCGUCGGCGGAUACGCUUGUGUGUUCGCUUUUAAUGAUUUGACCCGGCGGGAGGUUCUUCAACAGAAUCUGAGCAGAAAACUGGUUCAUAUGCUCUCUGGAUUGCUCUUUCUCGCUUCCUGGCCAAUUUUCAGCAACUCUACAGGGGCACGCUACUUUGCUGCCUUUGUUCCUCUGGUGAAUUGCUUGAGGCUUGUGGUGAAUGGUCUGUCAUUGACGUCCGAUGAAGAUCUGAUUAAGUCUGUGACAAGAAAAGGACAGCCGCAGGAAUUGCUGAGGGGUCCCUUGUAUUAUGUUUUGAUGCUGAUGUUAUGCACUCACUUUUGGCGAGAUUCCCCAGUCGGGGUAAUCUCCUUGGCAAUGAUGUGUGGAGGAGAUGGUGUAGCUGAUAUUAUUGGCAGAAGAUUUGGAAAUGUGAAGAUUCCUUACAACAAGAAAAAGAGUUUCGCUGGUAGCAUAUCCAUGCUUGUUGUUGGAUCACUCAUUUCAAUUGGGAUGCUGUACUACUAUUCAGUGUUGGGAUAUAUGCUGGAUUGGGGACGCACAAUGCAGAUGGUAGCUUUGGUUUCUUUGGUGGCAACAGUGGUGGAAUCCCUUCCCAUUUCAGAUGUUGUUGAUGACCACAUCUCUGUUCCUCUUGCAACCAUGGCUAUGGCUUCUUUCACGUUUCAUGCUUAGAUUUUCAAAUUCAGAUCCUUUCAAGCAUCUCUGAAGAGGAAAUAAAGAGAGGUGAGCUCCCCUUCCAUAAGACUCAAACACGUGGGCGUGGGGACCACUUGUUUCUGUUUUUUUUUUUUUUUGCCUCCCUUUAGUUCAACUUCAGAGAAUCUGGGCUCUGGCUUUUCGAUGCCUGUUGCUAUUAGCCCCAUCUACAUCGAAUAUUGAAUGUAUCAAUUGAAUAAAGAAAGAAAGUGUUCCCAAGAGUA